GUUAUGAAUAUUAUCGAAUCAAAAUAAUUUUAUUGUACUGAAAUUGUGCUUAAUUAUUAGGUCGUAUUCAAGUUAGACAAUUAGCAAUGAGUGUCGCGGCGGAGAGUGUGGAGAAAGGCGAUGAGCUUGUUAAUAAACAACAUACGAGAUACCACCAGCGGCGGCGUAUGAAGCGGCAGUGGGAGUUUAACGAAAACAAGACAGAAAAUGGCGAAAGUGACGCUAAAAAGACUUGUGACCAGCCAUUUGAACGUAUUAAGAGGAAAAAAAUGGCAAUGCUGCUAGGUUAUUGUGGCGUGGACUAUUAUGGAAUGCAGAGAAAUCCAGGAGUAAAGACAAUAGAAGAAGACCUAUUAACAGCUUUACGAGAUGCAAAGUACAUUACAGAGGAGGACUUUGUAAAUCAACAGAAUGCCCAGUUCCAGAGAAGUUCUAGAACAGAUAAGGGUGUGUCUGCGGCGAGACAAGUUGUAUCAUUAAAGCUUCGUAAGUAA